CUCAGCCGGCCGCAAGGGUACAGCGCCCGGCGACUCCCGACCCGGGCGGGUUGGUGGAAAAAGCAUCGCACCGCCUGCGAAUUCGAUGGACAGGAUGGACGAGACCUGGGAACCGAGAGUGAAGGAGGACUGAAGGGCACGGGGAGAGCCAGCCCUGUAGAUUCUGCCAGCGUUUAAGACGGGCAACCUUUUACACUUGUGGCUUUGGGGACAGGUCAUUUCUCAGUCCCCGAAGAGAGAGAGUUCGUGACCGAGGAAGUGAAAAGAAUGAACUUUUGGAGGUAUUGUCUUUUUGCUGUUACAGUGUUCAGCGUAGCACUUUUUGUGAUAUUAUACAAUAGCCAGUUAAGCCUGCCAAAAAGUUAUGAGAAGCUGAAUAUUUCCGGUGAAAGGUAUUUUCGAAUCCAUGCCUGUGAUUCUGCCUUCGAAGGGAAGUCCUCCUUUUUGUGGGGAAAGCCGUUAGCAUCACCGUUGGGAAUUGUCUCUUGCAAGGAUUACCUGACCCAGAGCCACUAUAUCACCAGUUCUCUGUCCGAAGAAGAAGCUGCAUUCCCCUUGGCGUAUGUCAUGGUCAUCCACAAGGACUUUAACACUUUUGAGAGGCUCUUCAGGGCUGUCUAUAUGCCCCAAAAUGUCUACUGCAUCCAUGUAGAUGAAAAAGCCCCCUCCGAGUUUAAGCAAUCUGUGGGCCAACUACUGAGCUGCUUCCAAAAUGCUUUUAUUGCUUCGAAGAUUGAGCCUGUAGUUUAUGCAGGAAUUUCCAGGCUCCAGGCUGACCUGAACUGCAUGAGAGACCUGGUCACCUCGGAGGUUCCCUGGAAGUACGUGAUCAACACCUGUGGGCAAGAUUUCCCCCUGAAAACCAACAAGGAGAUCGUUCAGUAUCUGAAAGGGUUUAAAGGGAAAAAUAUCACUCCAGGGGUGCUGCCCCCUGAACAUGCAAUUAAGCGGACUAAAUAUGUCCACCGAGAGUACAUAGGCAAACACGGCUCUUUUGUGCAAAAUACUAAGGUGUUGAAAACCUCCCCUCCACAUCAGCUGACCAUCUACUUUGGCACAGCCUACGUAGCCCUUACCAGAGAGUUUGUCAAUUUUAUCUUUCACGACAAACGAGCCAUUGAUCUACUGCAGUGGUCUAAAGAUACUUACAGUCCCGACGAACAUUUCUGGGUGACGCUUAAUAGGAUUCCAGAUGUCCCUGGCUCCAUGCCCAAUGCGUCCUGGAUCGGCAACCUCAGAGCGGUGAAGUGGAACGACAUGGAGGAUAAGCAUGGGGGCUGCCACGGCCACUACAUACAUGGCAUUUGCAUCUAUGGAAACGGUGACUUAAAGUGGCUGAUUAACUCACCAAGUUUGUUCGCAAAUAAAUUUGAGCUGAACACAUACCCCCUGACCGUGGAGUGCCUAGAACUGAGGCUUCGAGAAAGAACCCUAAACCAGAGUGAAACUACAAUACAGCCUAGCUGGUAUUUCUGAUGUACUGCGACUCAGGGUGGAAGAAAUAGCCCUGCUGGGAGGGGGAACCUUUCCUUGUGAGAUACUUUUGCCUUUUUUAUGUGAACAGUUCCAGUGAUGGCUUCAAGGCCUGGCUGUAUCAUUAGACUGCUAAGUGUCCAUUGGCCACUGUGAGAUAAGCAGGAUCGCUGGGUGCAGCAGCCCUGGCCCUGUGGCCACUCUGGGCUGUUUUUGAUACACACCUCCAUUCGACGGUUGUGAUGACCUGUAGCUCUCACUGUCGUCCGACUUUGCACCAGAUAGUUAGCAUCUAUAAACGUCUCAAUGCAAGGAUCCUUGUUCUGGGUGAAGCCAUGUAGGACACUGAGAAUUAAUUGGCUUCCUUGGAAGAAGGACUCUUUGAUGCCUGAACUACAGCCCCACCACUGUCCUUCCCUUGACCUCACAUAGGCCAGGAGCAGCUUUCCAGGCACUCACUGGCCUCCUUGAAGUCUUGAGCUCCUCAGAUAGGCACCAGGCUUGUUCUUGAGUUUCAACACUAGUGUCUUGAGUUACUCCGUGUCUGUUGUUGUCAUCAUCCUUAGCUUCUCCAGAGUCCACUCUUACUCAUGACAACCCUGUGUGUGCAGAGCAGAACGGCACCAUAAGGUCUUCAAGACGGUGGCCUGCCUUCCGGGAGCACAUCACCAGGGCCCAGGCACCUUGGGGUGGAGGGGUGGAGGAUGGAGGUUCAAACAGCCCACCUUACAGCUAAAAGCCAAGAGCUUAACGGCACCUGUCACUAAAGUAUAUACAGUAGUAUUAAGUCAUUAACAAAACACAGGAUGUGCUUCCAGACAUAGUGGCUGCUGCUUGCUUUCGUGAAAGGACAGCUAGAAAACACCCACCUAUUGCCAUCAGCUCAGAAUAACCCUAUAAGGGUUACUCAGGCUGUAAAUCUUUACAGAAGCAGAUACAGGCCAACUGAUGCGUUUGAACCUACCACCUUUCAGUUAGCAAUCCAGGACUUACCCAACAGCGCUGCCAGGGCUCCUUUCUGGGAAAUACACCAUUGCUUUAUUCUACACCAGAAUUUGCUCUGAUCCCACGUUCAUCAUUUCCCUCUUGAGAACUGAAAAGUCCUUGCAAGAAUAAAGACAUUCCUAAAAA